GAGGAUAGUCUGCGAAAUCAGAGGGCGACCGGAGCGGAACGGAGCAGUUUCUGUUAUCCAUUUCUCUCUUUUGGUUCACACUCUCUCUCUAAAACGGCUAAAACGCAUAUACGCCUCUCUUUCUCUACCACCACCUAAAAAAAAAAAAAAAAAAAAAAACCAAAUUAGGGUUUCUGCAAUCCUUCGAAUUCAUUUUCCGCCAUGGAUUCUGAGUUGAUCAACACCGUUUCUUCCUCUCCUUCGCCGCCGCCGCUGGCGGCCGCUCACUGUCGGGAUAUAUCGAGGAAGAAGAGGGUAUGUAUAUGUGUUGUUUUUGUGAUUAAUUGAUGUUCUCCGUUUGAUUUUUUCUUUUUUGGAUUUUUUUUUUUU